UAAAUGGCAAAUUAAUAUAUUUUCAGCUUAUUGUCCUUCGCUAAUGGAUGGUCUGACACGAAACAGCGAAGCUUUCCUGAAAAUUUUUUAUUUGGUGCUGGUACCUCAGCCUAUCAAGUGGAGGGAGCUUGGAACUCAGAUGGUAAAGAAGAAAGUAUGUGGGAUAGCUACACUCAUAAACAUCCUGAGUUUGUAAAAGACGGUGUAAAUGGUGAUGUCGCUGAUGAUUCUUAUCAUCUCUACCAUAGAGACAUCGAGAUGCUAAGAGAAUUAGGUGUUGAUCACUACCGGUUCUCGAUAGCCUGGUCGAGGAUACUUCCUACAGGUCUGAUUAACAAUAUAAAUGAAAGAGGUCUUGAUUAUUAUGACAAUCUAAUUGAUGAACUACAGAAAUAUAACAUAGAACCUGUAGUGACAUUAUAUCAUAUGGAUUUACCUCAAAGACUUCAAGAUAUGGGCGGCUGGGCUAACCCUCUGUCUGUCGAAUGGUUUGAAGAUUAUGCUAGAGUGCUCUUUGAGAAAUAUGCUGGUAAAGUGAAGUACUGGGUUACUAUAAACCAACCGAAUAAUAUAUGUAUGGAUGGUUAUGGAGACAAGACCAUGGCCCCAGCUAUUAAUAUGAAAGGGAUUGCGGAUUACAUAUGUGUGAAGAAUGUUAUGGUUGCUCACGCUAAAGUCUACAGAUUAUAUGAGAAGAAGUAUAAGAAAAAGUGCAAUGGUCUCGUCGGCAUAGCGUUAGCGUUGAACUGGGCAGAUCCGGUCAAUAAUAAAACAGAAAAUGUUAAAGCUGUUGAGGACUACAGAGAGUUCACUAUAGGUUUAUAUAUGAAUCCCAUAUGGUCUAAGGAAGGGGAUUACCCUAAAGUCGUGAAAGAUUUAAUCGCAAAAAAAAGCAAAGAGCAAGGAUUUACUAAAUCAAGAUUACCAGAGUUGAGUACUGAAGAGAAGGCGAUGUUGAAAGGAUCUGCUGAUUUUCUGGGCAUGAAUCACUACACGACAUUUUUAGUGAAGAAAACGAAUAUGAAAUACGACUCUCCGUCGUUCCGAGACGAUGUCAGUGUUGACCUCUCUCAGGGUAAAGAUUGGAAGAAGAGCGAAUCUUCAUGGCUAAGAAGUGUCCCUUACGGUUUAUAUAAAGUGUGUGUAUAUAUAAAUCAGAAAUAUAACUAUCCAACGAUACUCAUCACCGAACACGGCUGGUCUACUAAACCUGGCAUAGGCGACCAAAGUCGGGUCGAUAACUUGAGAUCUUACCUGUUCGCUCUGUUGUUAGCACUAGAAGAUGGCACUGAAGUUAUAGGUUAUACUGCGUGGAGUCUUAUGGAUAAUGUAGAAUGGACUGCGGGAAUCAGUGAACGCUUUGGUCUCUACGAGGUAGAUUUUGACUCGAAUGAAAAGAAAAGGACGCCUAGACUGUCUGCUUUUGUUUAUAAACGCAUUAUAGAGAGAAGAAUAAUAGAAGAAAACUGGACACCAGAAAAUUUAAAUAUGGAAAUUUCUAAUAGAAGGCUGAGAAAAAUUAAAAUUGAAUUGUAA